UCAAAAGGAUUAGUUAAAUUAUCACAAGGAGAAUAUAUUGAAACAGAAAUGUUGAAUAAUAUAUACACACAAAUAUCUUUUAUAAAUAAUUGUGUUGUAUAUGGUGAUGAUUCUAUGGAUGGUCCACUGGCUAUCCUUUCCGUUGAUAAAGAUUUAUUAUUCAAAUGUUUAAAGGAUGAUAAUAUGUUAGAAAAAACUCAAGUUAGUGAACAAAAUUAUAGAGAAAAAUUAACUGAUGAAAAUAUAAAUAAUAAUAUUUUUGUUGAUUAUAUUAAAGAAAAAAUGAUGGAAGUUUAUAAA